GGAGCAGAAAUAGAUUUAGAAUAAAGGGAUUGUAAUCACCUUUCCUUCUAAGAAAAAGCUGGGAACCUUCUAAUUUUGUUUCAUGAAAACUAAACUAUGAGUCAAUGUUUGCCAGAAGUCUGUUAAUGGGGUGAAAGGGCCUUCUUGCCCAGGACAGAGCUCAGUGGCAGCUUUCUACUCCAGUACACCCAGUUCUCUGAAGCUGAUUGGCCCUGGAGUGUGGCCAGAAGCCUGCCUCCUGCAUCAUUUAAAGGAAGGAGUCCGGUCUCCAGACUGAUCUGGUUUUUUUUUGUUUUCUGGGUAAUGGCGCUUACCAUUUUUAUCCUCCGGCUUGUGGUGUACAUCCUGGCAUUUCCCAUGUACCUGCUGAACUUUCUGGGCUUGUGGGGAUGGAUAUGUAAAAAAUGUUUCCCCUACUUCUUGGUGAGAUUCAGUGAGACGUACAAUAAACAGAUGGCAAGCCAGAAGCGGGAGCUCUUCAGCAACCUGCAGGAGUUCCAGGGCCCCUCCGGAAAGCUCUCCCUGCUGGAGGUGGGCUGUGGCACCGGGACCAACUUCAAGUUCUAUCCUCCUGGAUGCAGGGUGACCUGUAUUGACCCCAACCCCAACUUUGAGAGGUUCUUGAUCAAGAGCCUUGCGGAGAACCGACACCUGCAGUUUGAGGGCUUCUUGGUGGCUGCCGGGGAGAAUAUGUGCCCAGUGGCCAGUGGCUCCAUGGAUGUGGUGGUCUGCACGCUAGUGCUGUGCUCCGUGGAGAGCCAGGAGCGGAUCCUGCGGGAGGUGUGCAGAGUGCUGAGGCCGAAACCACAUUAUCCCCUACUGUUACCAGUGGAAAAAAUGUCUUCAGAUAAUCAGUGGUCAGCAGAUGAGGACGAAGGCCAACUAUCCCGACUGAUCAGGAAAUCUAGAGACUCCCCCUUUGUUCCCGUAGGGAUAGCAGGCUUUAUGACUGUGGUGUCUUACGGUCUUUACAAGUUAAAGUACAGAAAAGACCAGAAAAUAUCCAUUCAUCUUAUUCAUAUGAGAGUUGCUGCCCAAGGAUUUGUUGUGGGAGCUGUGACUCUAGGUGUUCUCUAUUCUAUGUAUAAGGAUUACAUCAGACCUCGAUUCUUCAAUGUGUCCAAAAAAUGAAGCUACAUACAAAAAAGACAAGAAGCCUUCUGAAAACUAUUAUGAAGAACCAGUUUUCAAUAUAUAGCAAAUUAUACUGCAGAAGUCUUAGACAGAAUUCUCAUAGCCUUGUAUAGUAAGUUUUGAUGUUUUAAGAAGUUGAUUUCCAAACCAACAAUCAUAGUCAACUCAAAAAUAUCUUUGUUGAUGUCUUUCAGAACUUAUGACAUGAUUUUUUUUAACUUUUAACAUUUUUAUUUUGUAGUUAGUAGCAGAAAAUAAUCUAUAUUAUGUCAAAUCAAUCUGAAAAUUAGGAAUUAGUUAUAUAGUGGCUACAGAAAAAUUUUCUUUAUCCAUAUUAAAUACGACAGUCUAUUUGUUGCUUGAUUCCCUUCAAAUAGGGCAAGGUAAUUAAGGCUUUCAUAAACUCCUUUUUAGAAUGGGUAAUAAUUACAGUAGGAGAAUGGUCAUGUUAUUUAAAUUUGGUUCACCACUGUGCACCUUAUUCUUAUAUAGAAACUUGACUAUUUUACCACAAACAUAAAUGUUUAACGUUUAAAUAUCUGUGUAUUCAUUUGUACAUUUCUUGUAAGUACAAAGGUAAAUUGCUAAAAAUAAAAAAAAAAUCCCUUUUCUCCCAGAUGGCAAUAUUGUGGGGGUGAGAAGAUUUAGUCCAGAUGUGCUAUUGCUAAUCUAGUAUGCCACUGUAGAAAACACAAGAAACCAAAGUAGACAUAAAAUGUUAAGUGUGCCUGUGGCUUCAAAUUCCUCUGUACCUGCCCUAGGGUUCUAAAAAAAAGUAGACUUUGUUGAAGUCAUAAAUGUCCUGACUCAGAUGUGCUCCCUUAGCAUCCAAGCCUUGGAAAGAAAAAAAAAGAUUCACUAAAAUAAAACUGAAAAUGCACUGUACGAUGAUCCCUGGUACUUAUUUCCCUUUCCUUAAUGUUUACUGUAGUGAAGGGUUAUUCUGAAAGCAAGGUGAAGUCUAGUAUUUGAGGAAGGGAAAAGAGGUCGGAAUAUCUGAAAAUAUGUCUGCAUUCUAGAUCUUAACCCACUGUUCUGUGUAUUAUAUAUACUUUUCUCCACUGACGCAGAAUUAUUUUAAAAGUUGUCAUUUGUACCUAUAAUGAGGUUCUUCUGGUGCCACCAACAAGUACACAUAGUUUGGUCAACUCUCUCCUCUUUGGAAAACAGGCAAGGAAAGAAUCCAACUACUUCAUCCCACUAAAGUAUACAUUCCAGCAGCUGGACCUAAUAUGCCCUAUGAAGAUCAGGAAAAUCGACAACAGCUGGCACAGAAUGUCACCUGACAGACACUUUGAAAAAGAGAUAUCAUCCUUCACGUUGAUUAUACAACGAAAAUAUUUCUAAUCAGGCUACUGGAAAGACUACACUCUCUCAUUAUAUACUCAGCAUUAAAAAUAGAUUAACUGAAGUGUUUAAUUAGAAAUGGCUUUUCUCACAAAACCCAAUAGUUUCCAGAAUUUUCUAACCUUACUCUGAGAGAACUCAAGUAAUGUAUUUAUUGCUUGAAAAAAGCAAUGCAAAGUAUUUAUUAAGAGUAGCUACACAUGAGAACUCACAAAUUGUAUUUAAAUUAAAAUGUAAAGUCAGAUGGUUGCUGGACUUAUGCUGAUCACUUCUUUAGGUAUAUAAAUGUUGAAUAACUAUGAUGUAUACCUGAAAGUAAUAUAAUAUUGUAUGCUAGCUAUGUUUUAAUAAAAAUCUUAAAAAUAUAAAAUGUAAAAUCAUAUAUAGGUUAAAAAAGCAGGAUGUUCAUUCACUCACAUUAGCUUGGAUAAAGAGGGAGGGUUAUUGCAGGAAGACCCUACGAAUAGGUGAUGUACAGUACCUGAACUGGCACGAUACUUGUGGGGCAAAGCUUUGGUGGCUUAAUUUCAUAAUGUUUAAAAUUAAGAAGGCAUUGGCUACUGCAACCCCUAAUGCUUCAUUUGCUAGUUAAACUAUUUCUUGUGCCUGGAUGUGCUCUGACUGCCUUUUACAUUAGGUGAUACACAAUUACGUAGCAGCAGCUGCUCAGUAACAAUUAUUUAAUUGUAUUUUUCUGACAUUCUGGGUAUACAAUGUCAGAGCAUCCUUUUACAAAUUGACCCAUAGUGUUAAACUCCAGAAACUGAGUGUACACAUCCAGGUUACUCUUAAAAUUGAAUAUAUUAAUAUCUAUAUAGGCACAUGAUAUAAAAAUCCAGAUCUUUAAAUCAUAAAUUAGAGAAUGAGCAAAUGUUCUUAACUUACCAAAAAAGUUUAGCCAAGACUCACUCUUUAGACAUCGAACUCUUCUACUGGUUUUGGUAUAAAUUAGUUUGCUUUAUUAUCGAAUUUUCUGAUUAUAGGAGUUGUAUGACCUGAGGGGUAUACUUAAAAAUUUUUGUAAACUUUCGUCUGUUCCUAAUAACAUACAGUUAAAAAUGGAGAAGAGCUAUAGAAAUCCCCUAAAUAUAUAAUCUCUAUUUAACCAACCACUUCAUCUUUUAUGAGUAGCAAAACAAUUUUUUUUUUUCUUUUCCCAAACAUUCUCUGGGAAUGAAUGAAAUUGCCCAGGGAGGAAGGAAAAUCCAACAAAUUGAUUCAUCUAGAGUUGCUAUCUGUGUAUAAAGAAACCGAAACACUGAAAUUCAUUUUCAAAGUCUUUUUCAAGUGAAAGCUGCUAGUUUAUGUUACUUCAGUUUCAUUUUUAAAAUCAGAAGGACUCUAACCUAGGUUACAAGGCUGCUGGUCUUAUCAGAAGUUUCAAGGGCCCCUGACGUAGUAAUGAGGGAAUUUUAAAGUACAGUCUUAGAAAAAUCCCUGCCUCUUAUCCGGCCAAGUCAUUAUAAGUGAAGAUAGAAAAUGUCUGGAUUUUUUUUUUUAAGUCUUAUUGAAAGGUACUAAGUUUUAAAAUAAGGCAGAGAGGUCAGAUAUCUAACUUUCAUGUGAAAAGACGGAAAUAUGCUCAAAGUCACAAAAGGCUGCAGGAUUUACAAACUCUAUGCUUUUGGGGCUGGAAUGAAAUGAGUGAAGGAGUAUAUGCCCCCCCUAGAGCAUAUCCUAUUAAAAGUGGAGAGCUGCCAUUCAGUUCCAGUCAACUGCAUUUCCAUGCAGGAAUGUGAAGCCAGUGUUGAAAAUCUUCUGCCUUUUCAAUCAGAUAAUUAUGCAAAAACUUUCUGUUAAAUAUUAAAUUUUUAUUAUAAAAAUUUUAAGGAAAAACAAUCCUGGUUUGGAAGAGGGGGUUAAAAAAAAAAAAUCUGUAACCCAUAAAUAGGCAGGCAGUUUGUGUCACGUAAUCUUCCAUGUCCCAGUGUAAUUUAAUCUCAUACUACUACUUGGUAUAAAUACCUUAAAACAUUUUUAAUCUCCUUAGCAUUCCCUAGGAGAUUCAAAAUUAGAAAUAUAAGCUACUCCUGGAAAUAAGCUUUGGACCUAGAAAUGGUAAUGGACUAUUAGCAGGGAAAGUGGGAAGAAAAGACAUGGUAGGACUAUACAAAUAUUAGGGAAAAAAACUAAUACCUCCAUUGUGUUCUGUUGGAACUUACAAAGUUCAGUGUUAGAAGUUUCUUCUUUUUAUACCUAAAACUUGAAUGCUAGAAUGGGCUGAGUUACAAGGCAUCAUGGAAAACUGAUCUUUGGUUAAAGUAUGGUUUCUGGAUCUUGUCACUAGGUAUUAAGCUCUUUGGAACAUACCGUCGUUAUCUCUGAAAAAAUUUCAGGAAAAGCGACAAUAAAGACAGUAAUAAUUAUAAAGCACACCGGUAUCCAGGAUUAAAUAUGACUGCCAAAUAUAAUAAAUGUUUUCUUUAGAAAUGAUGUGCUAGUAUCAGUAGUUACUAAGGGUCUAAUUGCUUAAAAUCGAAGUGAAAUUUAAUUGGCCAUAGUCAAGCACCACUUUAAAAGGCAAGUCAAUUUGACCAGUUCAUUCUGAAAAAGAGCAUUACUCCCUUUCUUUUCUCACUUGCGGUCCAGACAAACAAAUAUGAUUUAUCUGAAUAAUGUUUUAAAAAAACACAAAAGAUCAAUUUUUAUAACCUUAAAACUCUACCCAAACUGAUAUGUUCAGGUUUACAUAAAUAUAUACACAUACCAUGUUUCCCUGAAAAUAAGACCUACCUGGACACUCAGCUCUAAUGCAUCUUUUGGAGCAAAAAUUAAUGUAAGACCCAGUCUUAUUUUACUUAUUUUAUUUA